AUGUCUCUGAAGGUUGUCUUGCCGCUACUGGCGCUCGCUGGUACCGGCCUGGGCUGGCAACACAAAGCAGAAGCUCAAGUUCGUGAUGCGAUUGCCACCAAUGAAUACAGCCUGAUUGCCUCUCUUGAGCCGCACUGGGGUGCCGUCGAGGAUGCGAUCCCGACUGCCCUCUCCGUCGAUUGCGAAGCCUCCCCCGACCUUUGCGCCGACCUCGACGUAGCUUCCUUCCCCGCGAUCCGCUUCUACCGGCCCGAUGGUACGAAACAUCACUAUCGUGGCUCCCGGAAGGGGUCUGAAAUCGGCGCCUUCGUCAAUCGCAUGAACCGACCCGUUAUAACCCCCGUCGAGAAGCAGACUCUGUCCUCCUUCCGAAGCAGCGACGACGUCGUCGUGCUGGGCCAAUUCACCACCGAAGAAUCCUCCCUACGCGAGCGGUACAAUGAUCUUGCCGAGCGCUUCCACGAUCGCUAUUCUUUCGGCUUGACCGACGUUCCUGAAUCUCCAGGCCGAAUUACAUGCUGGAAUAAUGCCAUUGGCGCGAUGCAAAUGUCGUCAGAGCUGGAGGAGGUCGAUGCCAUGGAGAAGCUGAUCAAGAAGUGCGCGGCGCCAUUGGUACCGCGAUUGACGAGACGCAACGAGGCGGAGUACCUCAAUGCGGGCAAGUCGUUGGUCUACUUCUUCGCCAGGAUCGACCAGUUUUUGGACGCAUGGAGCUCCGCCGUCAUCCCCUUGGCCAAGAAGUAUCACCAGUACAUCACUUUUGUCACCGUCGACUUGACCGAGUACCCUGAGAUGCCUGCAAUGUUCGGCCUGCCCACAAACAUCGAAGACGCUGUUGCUUUGCAGAACCCAGCCACUGGCCAAGUGUUCCCGUUCACUGGAGAGAUCACGAUCGAUGCCGUGGAAGCAUUCAUCACCGAUAUUUCUGAAGGUAACAUCGAACCAUGGGAUGGAGAGACGAUCCUCGAAGUCGUUGAGGUUGACGCAGACGAUGAGGCGGCUCCGACCCAGGCCGAGGAACAGAAGGAGACCCGAGAGGGAGCCUCUAAGGACAAUGUCGAAGACGCGAAAGAGAAGGCCGGUACUCAUGAUGAACUUUAA